UCGCGUCUUGGAGCCGGUGUCAGGAGGCGACUCGCCUGCGCAGGGGAGGAAAGGCAAUGGCAGAGCGUGACCGCAUCGAUGACGUCCUUUCGGCGGUUGGGUAUGGCCGGUGGCAGAUAUCCAUAUUAAUGGCUACCACUGUAGCCAACAUCCUUCCUCUUCACUACAUGACCUCCUCGUUGCUGAGCGCACCCAUGUCCUUCCGCUGUUUUGCGCUGGGAAGCUCCAACUCCUCAAAUUCGACCCUGAUCAGCGAGCGAGACAGCCUGGGCACCGCCUGGUUCAACGACGAGUGCCUGGACCCUCCCGACUCCGACCUCGCCGUUGCCGCCCACUCCGCCCGCUCCGCCCUCAGCGCCGUCAGACCCCUCACCCGCCAUGCCACCGGGCUUCCCUCUUGCCCUGAGAUUGAGUACGACUCCUCGGUCUACUCCAUUACUGUCAUUUCGGAGUUUGACUUGGUGUGCGAAAGGGAGCACUUGCGGCCGUUCUUCCAGAUGGUCAUAACGAUCGGCGCCAUUGCGGGGUGCUUCGCCGGGGGAUCCAUUAGCGACAGCAUGGGUCGCAAGAAGGCCAUGCAGAUCGGGUGCAUGCUGGGUUUGCCUGCGUGCCUGGCUAUGGCGUUCGUGCCUUGGUUCCCCGUUGUGCUGGCGCUGAGGUUCGUCACGGGCAUCUCGGUGAGGAUGGUCAUGCUCCCCACCAUCAAUCUUACUAUGGAAACCUGCCCACCACGUUACCGCACGCUCAUCGGCAUGUUCAUGGGGCUUCCUUACUCCGUUUGCGUCAUCCUGUUCGCGCUGGUCGGCUACUUCAUCAGUAACUGGCGCUACCUGCAGCUGAUCUGGACCUUGCCCUUCCUGGUCAUGGCGCCCAUAACUCUGUUCGUGAAGGAGUCGCCCCGUUGGCUCGUGCAGAGCGGGAGCGGCAAAGAGGCGGUCGCAGAGCUGGCGGAGGCUGCCAAGAUGAACCGCGUCGAACUCCCCUCCCACCUCGCCGACUACCUCGAGAAAAUGAAGGAGGAUACCUGCGGGUUUUCCGGCGGCGAGAAAGAGAAGGUACCGCUGAAGCAACUCUUGGCCACGACCAUCAGCAGUUCCGGGGAAUACCUGCGCUCGCCCGCUAUGCUGAUCAUCAUUUUUGUUGCACCAAUGAUGUACUUCCUUAUGUGUCUCCUCUACAAUGGAAUCAUCCUCAAUGUUAAUAAUUUUACGAGCACGAAUCCCUUCCAAUACAUCGCCAUGUUGAGCGUGUUCGAAAUUUUGUCGGUGCUGCUGACCACGCCCGUGAACCAGAUGGUCGGCCGCCGCCACGUGAUCGGGUCGACGCUGCUCCUCUCCGGGUUGCUGUUCUUCGUCGUCAUGUUCGUGCCUGAUGAAAUCUGGUAUGCCAAAUGGGUUUUAGUCAUGAUCUCCUUCUUCCUGGCAGGCGGAGGGUAUCAGGUGGCGUUCAUGUAUGUUCCUGAGCUGUUCCCUACGAUGGUAAGGACGAAGGGGUAUGCUAUGGUCACUCUGGCAGGAAGUCUCGGACAGUGCAUGGCGCCCAUUGUGACCGACCUGCUGGCGCAACAGGCAUGGUGGGCGGUGGGCGUUUCUCUGGGGUGCUCGGGGGUGAUAGCCAGCUUCUUGGUGUUCGCCCUCCCUGAGACCAAGAACAUACCUCUCCCGGAGACCAUCCAGGACGUGGAGGACAGAAGGAACAACAACGUUAAGGUGCGAACGGAGAAACACAAAAGGGCGCUAACUGUGACCGACUCACAACACUCACGAUACUGAGGACUGGUGGAAGGCGGAGGUGAAGGCAUAAACUACAGACUUGGUGGUUAAAAUGCAAAACCACUUUAUACAGCACAGUCUUACACGUUGUCUUACACUGGUAGGCAAAGACAGCUGGUGAAGAUAAGGUUAUGUCAGAUCAACCUUAUUAUCUGGUUGACAAGAAGCAGAAUCUGAAGAAAUUAAACGUUCUAACAACUAUGCAAUUAUUUGCACUGACACAAGCAGUGUACUGAUUAAUUUACUGUGUAUACCCAGCAUAAAUCUAGAAGCAAAGAUUUAUUACCGUUAGAAACAUAAAUAUGACCCACAAAAAGCACAAAAGCCAUUUUAUACAAACAGCUUUCUCCCACAUCUUUACCGAAAACAAGUAUCUGGAUAAUUAUUUUCAUAGAUGUUAACGUAUGGUUUGACAAUCAGAAUUACUUUAGCUAUACUUGCAUCGAGAGAACAUUUCUCCAAAAGAAUAAAAAUAAGGGUGAUGACAACCGUCCAAUGAUGCUAUUGCAGAUGCAUUAUCAGGGCAUAGACCUGAGCUCCACAGUGUAUAGUGUUAUCACAACCUAUAUGGUGAGCAGUUGCUAAAUGUGAAUUUUCAGUUUUGGUAAUAAUUUGACUGGCCAAGUUCAGAGCCACUGUUAACGGAAAAUGAUUGCUGUGGUGGUGUAUGGUUAUUCCUGUAGUCAUUUUGAGUAUUUCUCUUAAGAGCUAAGUUAAUGAUAAGUCUUGUUUCUAGUAUCUGAGUUUGUUUCUAAGAAUAGAACACAUAGCGAGUAACUGAAUCACUUUAACGACGCGGUUAUGAACUCGCUCAAACUGAUCCCCACAUGGGACUAGCCACAUUAUUUCUGGAAAUAUACUUUUUAUAUGGGGGCGUUCACACUAGUCUUCUUUGUUUGGAAUCCCUAUAGAGAACGGGAUACUUACCCAGUUGUGAGGGGAACCGAGAUGAAAAUCCCUGUUUAGAGUGGCACCGAGAACCGCUGUGAAUCGCCUAAACGGUGAUUGUUAUAUAAUCUGAGGCCAGUGGUUCUUAACCUAUUUACUACCACGACCUCUCUAGGAAUUUGACUUUCACUCCACUUUCCCUUGCCUCUAUGAAUAAAAUUCCUUCCCAAUUCUUAAAGAAAAUUAAAAAUAUGCUCUUAAUCCUUUUAUUGAGUGUGAAUUAGUCACAUACUUAUUAAAGUUCUCUCUCGUUAAGAGAAUAACAAACGUAAAUAAAGAAAUUCCUGCUUUUUCCUCAAGGGCACGUGCUCCCUUGGAAAUUAUCGAGGGCUAGAGGGGCACACCCCCAAGGUUAAGAACCAUUCUUAAGUAAAAUAACACUGUAGAAAUAAGUACUAUGUGUUAUAGCCAAUAAUGGAGCCUUACUAUAAUUAAUUCAGACAAACGUCAGUUAAUCAGUAAAUUUGAACAUACACCUACUACGACUCGCUGAGGACACGGCGCUCACUUCAGAAAUUAUUUACGAUCUGGUGGCCGAAGUGAACAACUAUGAAAUACCAUCUACAAAUAUCAUGAUAGCAGAAAGUUACACGAGUAACGGUAUAUGCUAUUUGAAGGUUUAUUGUCGGAUUUUCCUUUUUUCUGUUGAAAUAUCGGGUAUCAGGGUAGCUGGCACGGUUGUAUGUUAAUUAAUAAACUGUGUGGAAUGUUUA